AUGGAUCUUGUACAGAAUGGCGAGAGUAGUAAAUCACCUCGACUCGAUGGAGAUAUAGUGAUGGGCAAUGAUGGAAGUGGAUAUCAGAGUGGGGCAUCAAAUUUGAUCUUACCUCAAUGGGAUGUACCACCGCCCCGACAUUUACAUUCCUCCCAUGACCUCAUAUCCCUCCUUCACCUAGAUACAUUAUACAACGACUAUGUACGUCCUUACGCCGAGAUCAAUCCUCAAGAUACGGAGAAAGGUCAACAACAGCAUAGAAGGAGGAAAUUGGAGAAAGGGUAUUGGCAUUUAAUAGAUGAUUGUAUAGACCCAACUCCAACAGGUACAAAACUAGAUAAUCAAUCUCUCCUCCCCAUCACACAAGAUUUCAUGUAUCCUCCUGGACAAUCUCCAUACCUCUAUUCAGAAGGUAUAGAGAUGUUACCUGAUGACGCGUUUCAGGUAGCAAAGUUGGAAGUGGGCCAUAAAGAGGAUGGGUACUCUGCUGGUGUGAAGUUGGGUGUAAGAGAAGCAGAGGAGAAACGAAGGCGCAAGAAAGCCAAUAAACUAUCAAUCAAACCGAACAAUACCAGUACAACACCAGGUAUACCAUCUCCCAGUAUAGGUAUACCUAACAAUAACGUACCGGGUAUCCCUUCCCCUCGUCCAGGUUCUACACCAGGUACACCACUAUUACCAGUCCUACCACCGGGUCAUAUUAAGAAUAAUAGCUUUGGACGUAAACCUUCGUUACCUAAUGUUCAACUUGGUGUUAAACCCUUUGGACCCGGACCAGGUCAAGGAAGACCUUAUAAUCCGAAUAAACGACCUGGAUCGGUGGAAGUUGAUAAUUAUCAAAGACAAGGUAGUAAGAAAUUCAAAUCUGGUUCGGUUGGUCCAUCAACGUCGAAUAUACCUUACAAACCUACUGGAACGGGAGUAGCUGGAAGUAGAUCUGCUAGUCCUAUGCCUUCGCAUUCCCAUCAGGGAGGACAACACGGUGGACAGAGUGGACAGAGUGAACAGGGAGGGCAAAGUGGACAGGGACAGGGAUUGAAGUUUAAAAUUGGGAUGAGAAGUAAGACUGAAGGUGUACAGUGA